CACCAAAACCAGACAAAUGGAUAUGAAGACACACCAGAAGUAGCCAUUCAUGGUUUUGUGACUUAUCCAAGUAGCUAAAAGUUGGCGAAAGAGAAUCUUCUUCGUCUUCGUCUUCUUCUUCUUCUUCUUUCUCUUUUUGAUCUUUUUCUUUUUUUGACAGCAACCACUCUUGUUGCCAAAUAACAAUGUGCUCUUGUCUCUCUCUCUCUCUCUCUAUGUCUUGGCUAGUCUUUUUCUUAUCUACGUUUCUGUGUAUACAUUUGCCCCAGAAAGAGAGGAAGAGAAGAGAAGAUAGAUGGAGGGUGAAGAGAAGUUCCCGGCGGCGACUUCUUUACAGUGUUACAGCUCAAGAAUAAUGUCACCGGAGAUUGUGGAGAUAGCAGAAGAAAUUAGCAUGAUGAGUAAAAGAGAAGUAUCGCAGGAUGUUUAUGUGGCGGUGGGAAAAGACGAUUUAGAUGUGGUGAAAUGGGCUCUGGAUCAUUUGGUUUCCCCAGGAACAAAACGACUCUUUCUUCUCCAUGUAAAACCGCCUUUAACUUACAUCUCUACACCAGUGGGAAGGUUAUCAAGGAAUCAACUGAGCCAAGAACAAGUGGGAGUAUAUAUCAAUGAAGAGAAUAACAGGAGAAGAAAUAUGUUGCACAAGUACAUUCGAAUGUGUAAUGAAUCAAUGGUGAUGGUGGAUAUAAUGCUCCUUGAAAACAAUGCAACAACUAAAGCAAUUAUUGAUCUUAUUCCUGUUCUCAACAUCACAAAUCUUGUCAUGGGAACAAAACGUCCACCUUCUUCCAGACGAGGAAGGAAAAAAUUGCGUAAAGGAGAAGUUGUAAAGAAGAAUGCGCCAGAGUACUGUGAGGUUACAAUUGUUCACAAUGGUAAGAAAGUUGAAGAAAAUGAAGCAGGAUUAGAAGAACUUGAAAGCAGUUUCUUUGACUGUAUAUGUUUUUCAGCAGGAAAGCUCAACUCUAAUAACUGA